AUGCAUAUACCUAGAGACUACUCGGAACCCUCAAUUGCCCUAUAUGCUGCUCGAGCUAUCUUCCCCAAGUCCCGAGUGGAGUUCUUCGUAUCUCUUUACAGCCGCCGCCAAGAUAUUGCAAUGCUCGUCACGAACCAUCUACAAUUAGGUCGAUGUGAGCAAUGCUUCGUGGGAGAGGUCAAGGAGUGGAUCCACGGAAGUUUCAACGUCUGCAUCCCGGUUCGAAUCGAAAGUCGGACCAAACAGUCGCCCAAAUGCGUGAUGAUCCGGUUCCCUCUACCGUACAAAGUAGGCGAGACCUUAAAUCCAGGUAAUGUGGAUGAGAAGCUAUGCUGUGAGGCCGCUACCUUUAUCUGCAUACGUCAGCAGCAGCUUGACAUCCCGAUUCCUCGGCUAUGGGGGUUUGGGUUCCCUGGUGGUCAGACUUUCAAUAUACCGGAACACAUGUGUCUCAUGGUGAGGAUCUUCUGGUACGCCAAGCGAUGCGUGUCGUGGCUGUUGGGCCGUCCUUUGUCCUGCCCAUAUAUCAGCCACCCCAGGAGUUCAAAUGCUAUCGGAAACCUGGAACGAACUACCACACGCUACAAAACAACGAACCUCUACCGGGACUUAUUCCGCAUAAUGUUGUCCUUGAGCCAACUCGCUCUACCCCGCAUCGGCUCUUGGACGAUCGACACAGACGGAGUCCUGCAACUGACCAACCGUCCGCUCACCCUUCGUCUGCAUCAGUUGAAGAAUGCCGGGAUUCCUAUCAAUAUGGAUCGCAACUUGACUUAUACUUCCGCUGAUUCAUAUUACCAUGAUGUUCUAUCCUGCCACGACAGCCGUCUACGACAUCAGCCCAACUCGAUGCAUGAUGAGGAUGACGGACGCGCCCAAAUGGCGAAUUUGACCAUGAUGGGGGCGCUUCUUCCGCAGUUCACCGACCGAGAUCUUUCCCACGGCCCCUUCUUCUACCGGUUCACCGACCUCCGUCAGAGCAACAUCUUUGUCGACAAAGACUGGCACAUCAGAUACCUGAUUGACCUGGAGUGGACGUGCUCUCUGCCAGUAGAGUCUUUACGUCCCCCGUACUGGCUGACCGGCCGGCCCGGUGACAACAUUCUCGGGGAACAUCUCGACACAUUCAGCGAGGCCCACGGCAGAUUCGUGGACAUAUUUCAGGAGGAAGAGAAGCGUUAUCCACCUCUCUUCAAUGUCUCCACCUAUCGGACAAACGCCAUGAGACGAGGGUGGGGAGUUGGGAACUUCUGGUACUUCCAUGCCCUGAAUAGUCCCAAAGGCCUAUUCAACAUCUUCCGCGGGAGCAUUCAGCCCAGGUUUGCCGCAUCUCAGAGCGCCAAUCCCACUGACUUCUCGAGGAUAGUAUCCGAAUAUUGGUCAGUGAAUACGACGGGUAUUAUUGAAGAGAGAUUGAAAGCCAAAGACACAUAUGAGAAUGAGCUACGCCAGCGCUUUCAAAACACCUCGGAUGACACAUGA